AUCUAUAUGCUGUGCGGUCGGUUGCGAUAAUAGCAAAGGAAAACAAACAGGACUUACGUUUUUUAACAUCCCAAAAGACAACGAAAGAAGACAGAGGUGGAUUGCUGCCAUAAAAAGGGACCACUGGACUCCCACCGAACAUUCACGGCUAUGCGCUGAGCACUUUAUUUCAGGUAAGAAGAGUGACAAUCCCCUUCACCCUGAUUAUGUGCCAAGCUUGUUUGCAUAUGUUACACCUGAGCAACGGCAAAAGAAGGAGUACACGUACAGGAAGUUUGAGCAAACACAAUCACUCAAACGAAAACUAUGUGCAGUACAAGAUGUUGGGAUGGUGGCUGCCUAUGGCAUCAGCAGCGAUCCUCACACAGACCAUGAGAACAUGGCUACAGAGGACCCAGGUGAGACUGCAGACCACAGCUACUGCAAAGAAACAAUUUUCACUGAGGACACUGUACCAUGCACCAAUGAAGCCUGCCAAGCCACUGUAAAGAGACUGACAGAUGAGUGCAGUGCACUGCGUGCAGAAGUUUGUCAGCUAAGAGAAAAGGUCAGCCAGUUCUCCUUCAGCCAGGAAGCCUUUAUGAACAAUGAUGACAUGGUGCAGGACUUAACUGGACUUCCAUCUCAUGCAAAACUCAUGGUUGUCUUCAGUUUUGUGUCAGGAUUCCUGAAAGUUGGACCUGGACUUUCUCCCUUUCAAAGCUUCAUUUUGACACUUAUGAGAGUGAGAUUAAACUUACCACUACUUUUCUUUUCUUAUAUGUUUAAUGUGUCAAAGCCUACAGUGAGUCGUGUGUUUAACAGUACAUUAGAUGUUUUACAUGAUAGAUUGUCCAAAUUAAUUGUAUGGCCCCCAAAAGAACAGAUUCAGAUUAGUUUACCCAUGUGCUUUAGAUCUAGUAACUUCAGAAACUGUACCUCCAUAAUUGAUUGUUUUGAAAUUUUCAUUGAACGACCUAAAAACAUGAGAGCCAGAGCACAGACGUAUUCCCAAUACAAACAUCACAAUUCGGCAAAGUACCUAAUAUCAAUUACCCCACAGGGAGUCAUAUCUUUUGUGUCUAAUGGUUGGGGAGGGCGAACAAGUGACAAGCACAUCACUGAAAACUCUGGCUACCUGGAAAAUCUGUCACCUGGCGAUGUGGUCCUGGCAGACCGAGGCUUCACUGUAGGAGCUGCUGUAGGCUUGCACAGUGCUCACCUCAAAAUACCUGCCUUCACUAAGGGGAAACAGCAGCUGCAUCCAAGUGAACUUGAGGAUUCAAGGGGACUUGCAGCUGUUCGGAUCCAUGUUGAGCGGGUCAUUGGUCUUGUGAGGAACAAGUACACCAUUCUACAAAGCACAAUACCCAUUUCUCUGUGUCAGACAUCAACUGAAGGAAACCUCACAUCGCUAGACAAGAUUGUCAGAGUGUGCUGUUCCCUGUGCAACAUUUGUCCAUCUGUUGUCCCCUCAGAGUAAAAUGGGUGUGACGCUGUAAAUAGUUUUUUUUUCUUUUUUUUGGUUGUAACGAUUAGCCAACUUAUUAAUGCUCAUUGACUGUUUAAGUGGUUAAUUAUUUGUUAUUAAUAAAUCUUACCAUAGUGAG